UACAUUCACUUCACCUAUAUAAAUGAUACCAUGUCAUAAAACCACAUGACAUGAAAAAACAGGUUAAAUAUCAGAACGUCCAUAGGACAUUUUGGGUUAUCAACAUCAUUAAUUGUCGAAACAUCAUAGGCCAGAUUGUUGACUUUGAACAUUUAUCACAAACUAAGAUACAGAAAAUGGCGGAAGGAGGUAUCAGUCGUACGGGGUCAGAGUCUGAAAGCAACCUCACUCACAGCAGCAUGUACAGUCGUCACUCUCAGCAUUAUGUCGAAAGUGUUUCCGUGGAGAUCUGCAACAUAAUGACUCGGCUCGGAUACGGCGAGGAAAUAAGACGGUGGAGGGUUGCGAAGUACUGCGAAUUUGAUAGGCAUGCAAAUGCACGACUAAGUAGUAUAACACUAAAGACAGCUGGAAGCAAGGCAGAGGGCCUUACCUGCCUUUUAGAAAGUGACAGGGACUUUUUAUUAACGCUGAACGGUGUCAUAUGUGUAGAAACUGGUAUCAAUCUAAACACUAUACCAGACGACAUAAGUGUGUUUUGGAUGGAUGAUACAGGUGUUUAUCCAGGACACUGCAUACUGUUACUAAAAAGGCCAGCGCGUCUUCUUAAUGCAAUUAUAAAUGCUCUGUGUGAAAUUGGUUAUGGAGAAUUGCUAUUAAGUAGUGUUUUAUUUAUAGAUGAAUGCUCGAGACUGAUAAAUAAACAUAGGCUUGGAGCGCUGGGAGCGGUGCUCCAUGAACGCGCGGGGCCGGCAUUACCGGAAACCUUGCGAGGAUUAUUCAAGUUUGACAUGGUAUAUUCAAUACGCUGUCAGUGCCCCAGCAUCCUACACAGAUGGGCUGUCAGACCCCGUCAUUGGCCACAAUCAGUUAUAGUUCAGAAAGUCGUAUCGUUAGGAGCCUAUGUAACCCCGACGGGAUUUAAGGAAAGUGAAAACAAGCACAUCGAAUGGAGGAUUUGCUUUAACUCCGGUGAGACAGAACUUUUGAACAACCUUAAUGACACACAAGCGAAAGUGUAUAUUCUGCUUAAAUGGAUCCUUAAAGAAAUAAUUAAACCAACUAAUAAAGAAAUAACAUCGUACGUGUUGAAAAACAUCAUAUUAUGGCAAGCUGAAAACACCCCACAGACAGAGUUUCAUUCACGUAGCUUACUGCACUGGCUUCAUGACGGACUGAGAGGGCUUAGGGCUGCUAUUGAGAAAAAACAACUUAAUUACUACAUGAUUCCAGAGAGAAAUUUAAUGGAAGCCUGUGGUUUGGAUGAUGCGCUGAAGCGUCAAUGGAUAAUAGAUAUCACAGAAAUGAUUGAGAUGGGUCCCAAUGUAAUACUGAGAUUGGAGAAGAUACGAAAGGCCAUUGUCGCCUCCCCAGAGCCGAUGCUGUGGUUUAGCAAAACAAGGAUCGAGCUGGAGAUGCUGUAUCUGGAGGAGAUGAACAGAGUUGCGAAAUGUGAAAAUGAAAACGGUGAGCAGGAUGUCCCGGAUUUCAUGGUGUAUGCGAUACGGAAACGCGAGGAAGAGAUAGAGUUAGAGGUGGCUGCACGUAUGCUCAUGGAAGGCUGUUCUAAUCCCAAAUUGGUCUUUAGAAUGUUUGUAUAGUAAAGAAAUAUAAAUACGUGAAUCAUGACUAUACUUAUAGUCACAUAUUCGCUUCAAAACAUGCAUACAGCAAUAAUUGUGCAUAUUGACGGGUUAUACGGUAUUACAUUUUGAAAAUUAUAUUAUUUUUUAUGCAGUAUUAAUUUAAUGGAUGCUCAACCUAUUGUUUUCAUAUUUAUGAACGCUCAUAUAAGCAUACAUAUUGUUAAUAUAAAACGUUGUCACAGAUUAAAUUAAAGCGUUCGAGAGAAAAUAAGUAGUAUUUGAAAUUGUCUGCCACUGGUGUGUUUACGUACUUUGAAUACUAGUAUCGGACUCGUCGGGCAAAUAGGGACAACAGUUUGUGUAUUUGUAAUUUUCAGAUCCACACAUAGGGUUUUUAAUGUGAGACAUAAAGACAUAUGCGUCGCGUUCAUAAACAAACGAAUCUUAUCCAUAUGGACACAUGAGUCGCGUUCAUAAACAAACGAAUCUUAUCCAUAUGGACAUAUGCAUUUACAUGUCGUUUUGUACAUCAUGCCAAAAAAUAUUGCAAAACAAGAUCAUUAUAUCUAUUUAUGCAAUAUUAUCUAAACUUACGCAGUAUUUAAGGCUGAUGUCAUUAACAGUUAACUUUUAUUGCUUUUUUGGUAUUUGUUAGUGUUCGAGAUGGAUCAAACAAAUGCAUAUUCAGUGUUCGAUCGGAACCACAAGUAAUACUACUUUUGUUUUAAGACGACACAUGUAACUUUCAUUUGAGUCGCGUUCUGAGCUAUAUGCAUGUGCAGUCCGCACAGGCUAAUCAGGGACGACACUUUCCGCUUUUAUGGUAUUUUAAGUUUCAAGGAAGUCCCUCCUUACCGAAAAUUAAGUUUAGGCGGACUGCAGAUGCUAAUCUGGGAUGACACUUUACGCACAUGCAUUAAGCCCAGUUUUCUCAGAACAAGGCUCAUUUAAUCAGAACACGAUGAUUAAAUGAAGACAAAACAGUAUCUUUUAGUCUAUGCUUUUGGGUGAGGUACGUCAUGAAAUAAUUGAAAAUAGUGCUUUAGUUUAGUGGAAAGUGUACUUUAGUUUAUGAUGGGUAUAAACAUCAUCUGGGUUAUGCCUGAAAAACCGUGUACAGAUAGGUGUAAGCAUAUGCGUUUAAAUGCCAAUAUCCAUUACUUUACUUUUUUAUAUAAAAAAGUAUGUUCUUUUGAACACUAAAAUUUUUGCCUCAAAUAUUUGUAACGGGAAAAUUGUAUUCCUGUUUGAUUUUUCGUUUAUUAAAAAAUAUUCCCACACUUCCGCGCUUAAACCAAAACAUAAAUGGAACAGAUUAAAAAAACAAGCUCCAUGGUAUUAAAGAUAGGCAUGCGGGAACGAAGCAUCCCAGCAUGACUGACUUCUGCAGUGAUUGAAACUCUAGUGGUAUCUAAAUCAAUCAGAAUAAACAGUAUGUAACUGUAUAUGACUGACUUCUGCAGUGAUUGAAACGCUAGUGGUAUCUAAAUCAAUCAGAAUAUACUGUAUGUAACUGUACAUGACUUACUUCUGCUGUGAUUGAAACUCUGGUGGUAUCUAAAUCAAUCAGAAUAUACAGUAUGUAACUGUACAUGACUGACUUCUGCAGUGAUUGAAACUCUAGUGGUAUCUAAAUCAAUCAGAAUAUACAGUAUGUAACUGUACAU